AUGGUGAGGCAAGUGGGCUGGGGGGGGAGCAGAGGGCGGCUGGGGCGGUGGGGAGACCUGGGGCCUGGAUCAGUGCCCCUCCUCCCCGUGCCACUGCCUCCUCUUCCUCCUCCUCCAUGCCGGGGGCCUGGGGGAGGGAGGGUCUCCAUCUUCUCUCUGUCCCCUGCGCCUCACACAAGAAGUGUGUCUUCCUCAGUUCCUCCUCGGGCCCCGGGGGCCUCCUGCCCAGCGGUGCAGGCCCCAGGGGCUUCUCAGCCUCGCCACAGUGCCCUCCCCACCCCAGCCACACCCCCAACACAGGUAGGGCCCGUGAUGACACCCAUCUCUGCUCCCCCCUCCUGGGGUUCCCGUUCCACCCCAUCCCUGGCCUCGGUGACUCCCCCUCCUUCACGCCGAUGCCCCCAGGACAGUCCUGGGCUGCGGAUAGGCCCUCUGAUCCCCGAGCAGGAUUAUGAGCGGCUGGGGGACUGUGACCCUGAGGGGUCCCAAGACUCACCACUCCAUGGGGAGGAACAGCAGCCCCUGCUUCAUGUGCCUGAAGNGUGCUCAGGCUCUUGGCACCACAUCCAGAACCUGGACAGCUUCUUCACCAAGAUCUACAGCUAUCACCAGAGGAAUGGCUUUGCCUGUAUCCUGCUGGAGGAUGUCUUCCAGCUGGGACAAUUUGUUUUCAUCGUCACCUUCACGACCUUCCUCCUUCGCUGCGUGGAUUACAACAUUCUCUUUGCCAACCAACCAAAUAACCGGACAAGACCUGGGCUGCCUCACAGCAAAGUGACCUUGUCGGAUGCCAUCCUGCCUUCAUCCCAGUGUGCCCAGCAGAUCCACUCCAGCCCCCUCCUGGUGUUCCUUCUGACCCUGGCUGCCGCCUUCUGGCUGGUCCAGCUGCUUCGCUCCGUCUGCAACCUCUUCAGCUACUGGGACAUCCAGGUGUUUUACAGGGAGGCCCUGCACAUCCCCCCGGAGGAGCUCAGCUCGGUGCCCUGGGCUGAGGUGCAGUCGCGCCUCCUGGCGCUGCAGAGGAGCGGGGGGCUGUGCGUGCAGCCGCGGCCGCUGACGGAGCUGGACGUCCACCACCGCAUCCUGCGCUACACCAACUACCAGGUGGCGCUGGCCAACAAGGGUCUGCUGCCGGCCCGUUGCGCACUGCCCUGGGGAGGCAGUGCGGCCUUCCUCAGCCGCGGCCUGGCGCUCAACGUCGACCUGCUCCUCUUCCGCGGUCCCUUCUCGCUCUUCCGCGGGGGCUGGGAACUGCCCGACGCCUACAAGCGCAGUGACCAGAGGAGCGCCCUGGCUGCGCGCUGGCGGCUCACGGUGCUGUUGCUGGCCGCCGUGAACCUGGCGCUGAGCCCGCUGGUGCUGGCCUGGCAGGUGCUGUAUGCCUUCUACAGCCACGUGGAGCUGCUGCGGCGAGAGCCGGGCGCGCUGGGGGCGCGCCGCUGGUCCCGCCUGGCCCGCCUGCAGCUGCGCCACUUCAACGAGCUGCCGCACGAGCUGCGCUCUCGCCUGGCCCGCGCCUACCGGCCUGCCGCCGCCUUCCUGCGAGCCGCCGCGCCCCCAGCGCCCCUGCUUGCGCUGCUGGCCCGCCAGCUCGUGUUCUUCGCCGGCGCGCUCUUCGCCGCGCUGCUCCUUCUCACCGUCUACGACGAGGAUGUGCUCGCCGUCGAGCACGUGCUCACCGCCAUGACCGCGCUCGGGGUGACGGCCACCGUGGCCAGGUCUUUCAUUCCGGAUGAGCAGUGCCAGGGUCGCUCCCCGCAGCUCCUCCUGCAGUCGGCCUUGGCUCACAUGCAUUACCUCCCGGAGGAGCCCGGCGCUGCCGGCAGGGCUAGCGCUUACCAGCAGAUGGCGCAGCUCUUGCAAUACCGAGCGGUCUCCCUCCUGGAGGAGCUCCUCUCCCCUCUCCUCACCCCGCUGUUUCUGCUCUUCUGGUUUCGCCCUCGAGCCCUGGAGAUUAUCGACUUUUUUCAUCACUUUACUGUGGACGUGGCUGGGGUCGGGGACAUCUGUUCCUUUGCCCUGAUGGAUGUGAAGCGCCACGGCCAUCCUCAGUGGCUCUCAGCAGGACAGACAGAGGCUUCGCAGUCUCAGCGUGCAGAGGAUGGAAAGACUGAGCUCUCGCUGAUGAGGUUCUCCCUGGUACACCCACAAUGGCGCCCCCCAGGGCACAGCUCCAAGUUCCUGGGGCACCUUCGGGGCCGGGUACAACAAGAUGCGGCCACCUGGGGCGCUACGUCGGUCCGCAGCCCCCCCACCCCUGGGGUGCUCAGCGACUCUUCCUCACCUCUGCCGGAGGCUGUCCUGGCCAACCUCUUGGUGCACCCCCUCCUGCCCCCACGGGACCUGAGCCCCACAACCCCCUGCCCAGCUGCAGCCACUGCCAGCCUCCUGGCCUCCAUUUCCCGAAUUGCCCAGGACCCCAGCUGUGUGUCCCCAGGAGGAACCAGGGGCCAGAAGCUGGCCCAGCUCCCAGAGCUUGCUUCUGCUGAGAUGAGUCUCCACGCCAUCUACCUGCACCAGCUCCAUCAGCAGCAGCAGCAGGGACUGUGGGGCGAGGCCUCAGCCUCCUCCUUGCCCAGGCCCUGGGCCAGCCCCCCACAGACACUCUCGCCUGAUGAAGAGAAGCCAUCCUGGUCAAGUGAUGGUUCCAGUCCUGCCUCCAGCCCCAGACAGCAGUGGAGAACCCAGAGGACCCAGAAUCUGUUCGCUGGAGGGUUUCGGGAGACCAUAGACACCCAGAAGGAGCCUGUCCAGGCCCCUAGCGCUGACUGAAAGGGCUCCUCAGGUUCCCUGGCUUCCCCAGCCACUGGAGAUCAGACGAGGUGGAGUGGAACACCACACGGAGCUCUCUUUAGGGACCCCCCCCCCA